CAGCUUGUCACAUGGUACAAGGCUGUUGUGAAUAGCCUUGUACCAUGUGACCUCUGUGAUCAUUCACAGAUUUCACACGUAGUAAGCAAUGAUGUCACAAGUGACAUCUUGCUUACUACUUUGCAUGUGAUCACUGAUUGGCCAAUCAGUGAUCACAUGAGCAGUAGUAAACAAGAUGUCACUUCCUGACAUCACUGCUUACUAUUUGUGAAAUAUGUGAAUGAUCGCAGAGGUCACAUGGUACAAGGCUAUUCACAACAGCUUUGUACCACGUGACAAGCUGUGACCAAUCACAGCUCUCACAGUAUUUCUCAAUGGCUGCAAGAAUGCAGCCAGAAAGCAAUAGAAAUUAUAGCUU